UUAUAUCACAUCAAAUUUUAAGACACACCAUCUAACAAGGAUGCCACUGGGGAAAAAGACUCGCUCUUCUUCAGCCUCUGGAAGAUUAGAAACCCAACAUGUGACCAGCAUCCUCUCUGAGCUGGAAAGUAAAGAAGAGAGGACCAGAAACCCUUCUCAACCUGGAUUUUACAGUGAGCAAACUGACUUCUCAGCACCAAAACCAGCAAGCGGACAGCCUGAAUGGUUGACGCUGAAACAGAAGACGCGAAGGCACUCUGUCACACUUGGAGAUAAGGCCUCAAUCAUGAGACAGCAACACCACAGUAUUGAUUCAUUUCGCAGACUUUGCAGCCUCAAGCACUCAGACAUUGUGAACUGCCUGAUUGAUGAGACGAUAUCACUCGACAACCUCCAGAAAUUGAAACUUGCAUUUGAGGACUUUGAAACGGGUGGCUUGAGAUUCAUUGAUGCGAAGAAUUUUGGACGUAUAGUGAAGAAAUGUUUGGGUUUGCCUAACACAAGCAAUGCACAGAUUCAAGAGUUAUUUAAGAAGAUUGAUUAUUCAGGCCAAGGGAGGAUUUCAUGGGGUCAGUUCUGCACACACAUGCUGCAGGAGCACAAAGAGAAAGAGGAAAGUGCAAGGCGCAGUAAGCAGGUGGCUUUUACUCUGCCGGCCACUAUGAAGGCGUUGGGUCAUGGCAUUCCCAUCGUCAACAUCCACUCCACCAAUGAUGGCACCCUAACAGUGCGAGAAGAUGGUGCUGUUUGCUUCUGGAACCCUGAGCUUAAACCUCAGAAGACCAAACACAUGUUUAAUGAAGGACCUGCCAACAGGAAGUCAAAGUGGGCAAGUGAUUUCACUCUGAUGACGGAGUACAACAAGCUGAUGAUCGGAACAGGGGACAGGGAGCUCCAGCUUUAUGAGCUCUCCACUCUGGAGCCUUAUUGCCAAAUCAAUGCACUCGACACAGUGCCUCUGACAUUAGACUACAGCUACACUGGCCCUGAUAAAUGUUGUAUUCUGUAUGGAGACACUGAGGGAUGUGUGACUAUCAUUUUAAUAUCCUCUGUUGGAGAUACCCUCAGAUUAUGGAAUAAAUUACCAAAGGUUGAAAACAUACCCAACAUAAUGAUUGACAACGCAGUGAUCUCUCCGAAUGUGACAUUUGUCAGAUGGAAGGUUCAUCGUGACUGGGUGACUCAGGUAAAAUAUUUUCAGAGUUUCCAAGCUGCUGUCUCCUCAUCAAAUGAAGAAUCUUUGUCUCUUGUUAUAGGCCGUGUGCUGCCUUUAACAGAUGCUGAGCAGCAGUUGAAUGAGAUCAGAGAGGCCUGCUACGAGGGUAAGACCAAGAAGGUCCAAAUGAGCUGGACUCCACAGGUCCGGGCAUCAUGUGACCAGACAGUUUUCACCAUUUACAAAGGUGUCAAGACCUUUGACCUUUGUCAGAAGCACAGCUUGUUGGUCACUGGAGGCAUGGACAGACUCAUACGAAUGUGGAACCCACAUUUUUCUGGGAAACCAACUGGUAUUUUGAAAGGCCACUCUGCUCCCAUCCUCUACCUCUGCAUCUCCUCAGAGGACAGUCAGAUCUUCUCUGUCUCUACUGACAGCACUGUGAAAAUCUGGGAUAUUCAAGACCAGUGUUGCCUGUUUACAGCAGACCCCAAAGUGAGCAGGAUUCACGGUGACAUAUCUGCGUGCUCGUAUUCGUCGGCUAUGAAAUCUCUUUUCAUUGCAGCAGACUGCAUGGCUGUGCUCUCCCUAAAGAUAAGGGUUGAUUCACAAUACCCGAUCUUCCCAGGUGUUGUUUUCCCUCUGCUGAGCUGUACGGACACCCAUGGCAGCCAACACAUGAAAACUGCGGGCCAGGGGGCUGGCUGGGCUGGUGAAUGUCAAGAGGUGUCCGACUGCAUUUUUCUGAAAGUUCACAGGAACUGCUAUGUGAUGUCUGUCGGCAGGGACCGGAAGAUUGACAUUUACUCAGACAUACCUGAAGACCUUCAUCAUGUCCAGAGGCCGCAGCCUUCGUGGCCAGAUGAUCUGAAAAAUGGCCAUAAUGAGGACAUCCUUUGUGUGGCGCAGUGUCCCCCGUUUCUCCUGGGCACCAGCAGUUAUGAUGGAAAGAUUAUACUGUGGAACGUGGUUUCGGGACAUACCCAGUGUCGGUUCGGCAGCACUCAUCAUGUGAUUUUGGAUUUUGAAUGAUGAAUAUACAGUUUUGCAUUUACAUUGCAUUUUUCUCUGUUAGGACUUGAUACCAGUGUUCCAAGCAUCAUUUUCCUGAAGAACCUCAAAUUACAGCAGUUUUCCUUGGCUACAGGAGGAAAGUUUGUUAGUAGCUUCAAAACAUCUAGAUUCCAACAAAAGAUUACAAAAUUGGCUAAAACAGACAAGGACACGUUGUUGUAUGCUGCCGACCAAAUUGGUUACAUCUAUGUUUACAACAUGAACAGGUUUGCCCCUGAGCAAAAAUCAUCAAGAGCUGAAAACUUCUGGCAUGCCCACACCAGCCGAGUUUCUGGGCUGCAGAUUGUUGACAAUGAUCAAGUGGUGCUUACCUCAUCCACAGACUACACUGUGCGCCUUUGGAGUACACGUGGUGAAUUCAUAGGGACCUUUGGGCAGUCUGAGAGCUGGAUCAUCCAAUCCUCCUGGAUGCAUCCUGCUGUCCCGUAUGAGGUUCUGAUUCAUCCUCUGCGUAUGCCCAAUCAUGAAAUUUUGAAUGUAAAAACACACCUUUCUGAUGCAAUAGACAAGAGUGAGGCUGACAGAGGGGAGCUAAAGUCAGAGACGCAUAGUGAGUUGAGACUUCCUCCGACAUCCGUCAGUGACACAGACACUGAGGAAGAUUAA